AUGAGCAUGUCAAGGAGAACACUUUCAUUGACGGCCAACGCACAGGCCGCUUCGAAUAGCAAAUUUAGAAAUAUUUUUAUGGAGACUUGGUCUCCAAGUACUUAUGUAAGAAACAUCAAUGCCAAUAUGACGGUUGACCCAUUAGUUCAAGUCUCUCCAUUGUUUUAUGCAGUUCCAUGGAAAAUGACUGGGAAUGGUGUGUUGUAUGUUGGGUUAUUAAACAAAGCUGACAGAAUAUCAGACAAACCAUUUUUGCUUCAUGCACACGACAGUCAAUUGACGAGUUACCAAUUUUCACCUUUUCAUGAAAGAAUGUUGGCGACCGGAGCAAAGGACGGAUUGGUCAAAAUAUGGAACAUCCCCCCUGACGGACUCACUGAAGAUUUGUUCGAGGCAAACUCGAUAAUCACACACGAGAAAAGAAUCAACAAUUUGGCAUUCCAUCCAUGUGUCGACAACAUCAUUUCAACGGCAAGUGGGGAUGGCGUUGUCAGAGUGUUUGAUUUGAAUCAUUCGGACCAACCAACUAUUGUUACCACACCAAUCGAUUCCGAUAUUUUGGCGUUAGAAUGGGAAGGCUGUUAUGGAGACACGUUGAUGACUGUUUCGAAAGACUUGAUGUAUCGAUUGUAUGACCCUAGAAUAGCACCAGAACCAAUAACUUCUUUUGUUGUCUCCGAAACCGUGAAAGGACUUAAAGCCAAAUUUAUAGAUGGAACAGACUACUUUGCAGUGUCUGGAUUCUCUAAAAAGGGAGACAGAGUCGUUAAUAUGUUUGACCAAAGAAAACAAGGGAUUGUUGGAAAGGCUCUUGUGGAUAACCAACCGUCACCACUCUCGAUGUUCUACGAUGACAACAACAAUUUAUUGUAUUUGACAAGUCGAGGAAAUCAGUUCAUGACUUACGAUAUUCAGGGGUCAAACUUGGUCAAUAUCAACAAAUCAAACGUUAAUGAA